UGUAGUAGUAGCAGCAGCAGCAGCAGUAGUAGUAGUAGUAGUAGUAGUAGCAGUAGAUAGUACUAGUAGCAGAUGUAUGUCAUAUUUCCAGGUGGAUCCGAUGUAUUAAUGAGUGUGUAUCUUUGUGUACUAGGUGUACUGUGACAUGGACUCACUAGACGGACGGUGGACGGUGUUCCAGAGGAGGAUGGACGGCUCGGUGAACUUCUACAGGCCCUGGGACCACUACAAGAUGGGCUUUGGUAGCGCUGCUGGAGAGUACUGGCUGGGUCUUGAGAAUCUCUUCCAGCUGACUCUGAGGAAAAGGUACGAGCUGCUGGUCGACAUGGAGGACUUCAGUGGGAACAAAGUGUUCGCUCGUUACUCCUCGUUCACCAUCGACUCAGAGUCCUACGGAUACACACUGCAUGUGUCUGGAUUCACUAAUGGAGGAGCAGGAGACUCCCUGACUUAUCACAGUGGACAGAAGUUCACCACCUUCGACCAAGACCAGGACUCCUAUAGUGGGAACUGUGCCAGAUUAUACCUGGGGGCGUUCUGGUACGGUGGCUGUCACUUUGCAAACCCCAACGGGGUUUAUCGUUGGGGAGCUGACAGCACUCUCUCACAUGUUGGAGUGGAGUGGUACCAUUGGAAGGGUGUUAACUACUCCCUGAAGACCAUCAGCAUGAAGAUCCGUCCGGUGCAGUAGUUCACCAGGACCAACGUACAGCAGAAUAUCAGCUGAUGAUGACAACAUGUAAUGUAACGUUGGAGGUUUGAACCCUGAUGUGAAUCAUUAUCUGCUGUAAGGUGACAAUAAAUGAGAAGCUGAGCAGAAA